UGCAUUCGCUGAACCAGUCUGAAAAAUAGUGUUUUUAGCGUGAUUUGAGCUAAAGAAGCACAAUUUACGAUAUCAUUGUUGUCAGAUUUUACUGCUGAUUUGAUCGUAAUCUUGACCAACUGUUUUGGAGAUUUCCAUCUUUCCCCAUUCAGGUAGAUAAGAGCUGCACUUGCAUCCAUAGAAAAUAUCUGCUCAAGAGCGUUCACAAGAGACUGACUUGCAUUGAAAGGGACUUUGGUUUGUGUGAGGUAAAGAGGAAUCAGUGGCCACCUUCAAGGGAAACGAGUUUUUCUGCUACGAUCUGUCGAUGACGCCGAUCCAGAGCAGCACGGACGAAAUCACACUGUCUUUCCGAACACUUCAACGUAACGGACUAAUGCUUCACACCGGAAAAUCAGCGGACUACGUGAACCUGUCGCUAAAAAGCGGCGCCGUUUGGCUCGUCAUCAACCUCGGCUCCGGUGCCUUCGAAGCUCUCGUGGAACCGGUGAACGGGAAGUUUAACGAUAAUGCUUGGCAUGAUGUUAAAGUCACCCGAAACCUGCGACAGCACUCAGGCAUUGGACACGCUAUGGUCACUAUCUCAGUGGAUGGUAUUCUGACCACCACUGGUUACACACAGGAAGACUACACAAUGCUCGGCUCUGAUGACUUCUUCUAUAUCGGUGGAAGUCCGAACACGGCGGAUCUGCCCGGAUCACCCGUCAGCAACAACUUCAUGGGCUGCCUGAAAGAUGUCGUCUACAAGAACAAUGACUUCAAGCUGGAGCUGUCCCGUCUGGCCAUUGAGAGGGACCCCAAGAUCAGUCUCCAUGGUGAUCUGGUGUUCCGCUGCGAGGACGUGGCUGCCCUCGACCCUGUGACCUUUGAGACAGCAGAGUCUUACAUUGCUCUUCCACGCUGGGACACCAAAAAAACGAGCUCCAUAUCAUUUGAUUUCCGCACCACAGAACCGAGCGGACUGCUGCUCUUCAGUCAUGGGAAACCACAGAGCACGAAAGAGCAGCGUCCCGGCCGCGAGAUGAAGAGCGAUUACUUUGCCAUGGAGCUGCUGGACGGCUUUUUAUACCUGCUGAUGGACAUGGGAUCAGGGAGUAUCAAACUCAAGACCAGCAACAAGAAGGUCAAUGAUGGAGAAUGGUGCCAUGUUGACUUCCAGAGAGAAGGGAGGAAAGGGUCGAUCUCUGUAAACAGCCGCUCGAUUCCGUUCAACGCAAACGAGGGCAGUGAGAUUCUGGAUCUGGACAGUGACAUGUACCUGGGCGGUUUACCUGAAACUCGUCAGGGUCUGAUUCUGCCGCCCGAAGUCUGGACCGCGCUGCUCAAUUACGGUUACGUGGGCUGCGUCCGUGACCUCUUCAUCGAUGGGAAGAGUCGUGAUGUGCGUCGACUCGCGGAGAUCCAGAGCGCUCCGGGCGUUAGCAGUUUCUGUACACGCGAGCUGCAGAAACGAUGCAGCAGUGCCCCCUGUGCCAAUGGAGGACAGUGCAAGGAGGGCUGGAACCGCUACAUAUGUGACUGCACUGGCACCGGUUACCUGGGAUUCAACUGUGAGAUCGAGGCGACGGUGUUGAGUUAUGACGGCAGUAUGUAUCUGAAGAUCAUCAUGCCCAGCACCAUGCACACAGAGGCGGAGGACGUGGCAUUGAGGUUCAUGUCUCAGCGAGCGUACGGUCUGCUCAUGGCCACCACAUCUAAAGAGUCAGCUGACACACUACGCCUGGAGCUGGACGGAGGACGCAUCAAACUCACCGUUAACCUCGACUGUAUCAGGAUAGACUGUAACCUCAGUAAAGGUCCAGAGAUUUUAACUGCUGGUCAGAAACUGAAUGAUAACGAGUGGCACUCGGUGAAAGUGAUCCGACGUGGUAGAAACCUGCAACUGUCUGUGGACAACAUCACUGUAGAAGGUCAGAUGACGGGUGAUCACACUCGUCUAGAGUUCCACAACAUCGAGACGGGCAUCAUGACCGAGCGCCGCUUCAUCUCCGUUGUUCCAUCCAACUUCAUCGGUCACCUGCAGGGUUUGACGCUCAACGGCGUGCCGUAUCUGGACCAGUGCAAGAACGGCGACAUCUCGUACUGCGAGCUGAACGCCCGCUUCGGCAUGCGCCACAUCAUCGCAGACCCCGUGACCUUUCGAAAUAAAGGCAGUUACCUGGCGCUGGCGACACUACAGGCGUACGCGUCCAUGCAUCUGUUCUUCCAGUUUAAAACCACCUCGACUGAUGGUCUGUUGCUCUUCAACAGCGGCGAUGGCAGCGACUUCAUCGUAGUGGAACUCGUGAAAGGGUAUGUCCACUAUGUGUUUGACUUGGGUAACGGGCCAUCACUUAUGAAGGGCAACUCCGAUAAACCGCUAAACGACAAUCAGUGGCAUAACGUGGUGGUUUCCCGGGACACCAAUAACGUGCACAUGCUAAAGAUCGACUCGCGCACCGUGACGCAGCACUCCAAUGGUGCACGGAACCUGGACCUCAAAGGAGAGCUGUACAUCGGUGGAGUCGCCAAAAGCAUGUACAACAGUCUGCCAAAGCUGAUCGCGUCCCGGGACGGGUAUCAGGGGUGUUUGGCCUCUGUUGACCUGAACGGCCGUUUGCCUGACCUGCUCGCAGACGCCCUCCACAGGGUCGGACAGGUGGAUCGAGGAUGUGAUGGACCCAGCACGACGUGUACGGAGGACUCGUGUCAUCAUCAGGGGGUGUGUCUGCAGCAGUGGGAGGGCUUCUCUUGUGAUUGCACCAUGACGUCCUACGGAGGCUCGUACUGCAGCGAUCCUGGGACGACGUACAUCUUCGGCCGUGGAGGAGCCCUCAUCACCUACACAUGGCCCCCGAACGACCGGCCGAGCACGCGAGCAGACCGGCUGGCCGUGGGCUUCAGCACGCAGCUCAAAGAGGCGGUGCUGGUGCGGGUGGAGAGCGCCAAGGGUCUCGGAGACUAUCUGGAGCUUCACAUAGAGCGAGGAAGAGUGGGCGUGAUCUUUAACGUGGGAACGGACGACAUCAUCAUCGAAGAGGGCGGCGUGAUGGUCAGCGAUGGGAAAUAUCACGUGGUGAGAUUUACGCGCAGUGGUGGGAACGCAACACUACAGGUGGACAAUCUGCCCGUGCUUGAACGCUUCCCAUCAGGGAACUUUGAUAGUGAACGGCUGGCUAUUGCUAGACAAAGAAUCCCAUACCGACUCGGUCGGGUAGUUGAUGAGUGGCUACUCGACAAAGGUCGUCAGCUGACGAUAUUUAACAGCCAGGCAUUCAUUAAGGUGGGCGGCGGCGAGAAGGGUCGUAAUUUCCAGGGUCAGAUCUCAGGUCUGUAUUAUAACGGCCUGCAGGUGCUGAAGCUGGCAGCAGAGGGCGACCCCAACGUUCAGGUGCAGGGUAACCUGCGUUUGGUGGGUGAUGUGCUGUCUGUCAUGUCCACUGACACCACGUCCACCACGCCGCUCGCCGACAUGUCCACCACCAUCAUAGAGACCACCACAACCAUGGCGACCACCACCACACGCAAACAACGCUCGCCAACGCUGAAAGACAGCGUCACACAGAAUACUGAUGAUCUGUUAGUGGCGUCGGCUGAAUGUCCCAGUGAUGAUGAAGAUCUUGAGGAGUGUGAACCUGGAAAUGGAGGUGAACUAGUGUUACCCAUUAUAACCGUGGAUUCCCUUGAGCCCCCUUCAAUUGCGACACGUUACCCCAUUAUUCCCCCGCCCCCAACCUAUCGCCCCUUCCUCACCCUGCUUGAGACCACCAAAGAGUCCCUGCCGCUGCCCGGUCGACCCCCCUGUCCGCAGGACCAAGAGGACUGCGAAGAACCCAUGGAGGUCUCGGCGUACGGUUCGGGAGAGAUGACCGAGUCAGACGAUGAGGAUUAUUAUAAAAAAUUGCCCCUCGUCACCGACCGGACUGUUCUUCCGCCUCCCCCCGCGGCCGAAAACCCCCGGAGUGGCGACCGCCACUUCUCUCGUUUACGGCCGUCGCUCCCAUUCACCCCAACAGUGCCCCCAGAGCAGCUCGUCCCCCGCCUCAAACCUGGCAUCAACAUCGGUCCCAAUAUCCCCGCGGGUAAAAUGAACACCCGUGACCAGGUUCUGCUGCCGCCCGUGCAUCCGUCAGGCGACCCUGAGCAUGGCGGGCGGCAACGACAUAUACCAGGUAUAACGUAUCCUCCCAAUUUCCCCCAUGUACCCAAUACAGACCCCUCGUCACCGGAUAGAGGACCGCCAGGAGCGGUGGAGGUGAUCCGAGAGUCCAGCAGCACGACAGGUAUGGUGGUGGGCAUUGUGGCCGCAGCGGCGCUCUGCAUCCUCAUCCUCCUCUAUGCCAUGUACAAGUACCGCAAUCGUGACGAAGGCUCCUACCAGGUGGACCAGAGUCGCAACUACAUUAGCAAUUCAGCCACGCAAAGCAACGGCGCACUAGUAAAGGAAAAGCAGCCCGGCGCCUCCAAGACGGGCACAAAGAGUAAGAAAAACAAAGACAAGGAGUAUUACGUCUGAGCUCGGCCUCCAGAGGGACGAAGGGGGAGGAGAUAGGCAUUUAAGGAGGAGAGAGGUUGAGGAAUGGAAAGUUGGCAGUUUUCUGGUCAAAUUUCAAGUGUUGACAUCCGUCUCGUUUUCUUCCCCAAUCCGUCAAGUUGUUGGCUUCAUUUCGAGGGUUUGGAAUAGUUCCCUCUCUAAUUUCCAUUUUUGAUAGCUAAUCCCAAUAAACAAUUCCACCUCUACCUUUUUACCAAUGGAAAGUGGAAAUCUUUCCAGACUCUAGUUGGUUUGUAAAUAUCCAUAUCAUCUCCAAACCUGAGGUCAAAAGCUUGCCAAGAUGGGGGGAUCCAUCAGAUUGAGAAUCCUUUCGAAAAUGAGAGCUGUUGAAUUGGAACGAGUUGGCGUAGGUGACAUUUUGGGAACAGAUGGUGAUGAAAUCGUUUAGCGGUCACACUCUAAUGCCAAACCAGCUCUGUGUCAAAUCCGACUCCAAGUUUUCAUCCUUGAUCUCUCUCCCGUUCUUGGCUUGUUCUCUCUUCUUCUCCUCGUCCUUGGUGCUCAGGAGCAGAUGCAACGUAAAUCUGUUGUGUUUCCAGCAUGUGGUAUUCAAAACGAAAAGAGACUAAACUGUUUCUGUGGAGUCAAACCAAUUAAUAUAUAUAUAUCAAUCAACUAGCAAAACUUGAGAACUACUAAACAUCUGUGGACGAUCCCUUCAGCCGAGGCCCAUGGUCACCCCAUGUUCCAGCAGAUAUUAGUCAUGUGUUUUAAGGGGUUGCACAGGGGUCUGUGAAGGAUCUUGGUUUCUGCUCAAAGUACCACAUACAAGAACCUCACAAACAUCCCUCAACAAGAACGUGACUCAAUUCCAGAAAGAUAUAUUGAUAUACAGAUAUUUCAGAAAAGAUGGACCUCACUGAGAAGGAAUGGUUGUGAAAGAGACACUAAUUCCUCCUCGAAUCUCCCAUUACUUCAACCAAUUACAUCAGUGGAGAAACCAGAGUCUUUGGAGCAGAACGCUAGAUUUUAGUUUUUGUUUUGUAUGUAUGUGUGCGUGUUUUCUUUUUUUAUUUUGUUAUAAUGUAAAAGGGAAAAGACAAUGUACAUCCCGUAAGUAGAGAACCUGAACGUACCUGCAUCUUUGAGGGACACCACGCUCACGUUCUUCGUCUUGGACGUUCAGGAGGAAAGUAGGUUUGCAUUUUCAGCAUUUAAGUAAAAGGAACGAACUCUCUCGAGAGACAGAUGAAAUCGCCUGUUCCUAUGAAGAUGUACAUCUUGAACUCUAGUAUUCCAAUUUUCUCAAGUCUAUUAAAAGAACUAAACUCUUCAUCGAAAAAGAAAAUGUUUAAAACAGUUUGUGAAAUGUCUAAAUAUUCUAAUCUCAUCCCAGUGCUAAAACAGAUGUGUUUUUCCUAAUAAUCAUCCCUGAGAAAAAAGAAAAAAAAUGAAAGAACGUAAAAGAUCAGUAAAUCAGAUUCCGGAACGCAGAUUUUCCUUGUUAAUAAACACAACAAAAUGUGAUUUGGUUUACAAACAAAUAUAUAUCCUUCACAUAAACGGAAUAAAUCCUUUUAGUUAGAUAACUUUGAUCAUCAGUCCUCUGUUUGAAUUAUUUUGAUUUCCCACAUCCAUCAUUGAGGCUGUUUGUACUUAAUUUUAUCUCACUGUUCCAUUUCCGUGUGUUUGUUGGAGUGUGUCUUCAUUUCUUUUGUUCAUCUGUUUUAGUUGCAUUUCUCCCCUGUUCUUACUAAAUGUUCUAAUGUUACACUAAAUGUUCCAGUGACAUGAAUCUGCAUAUGUGUAUAUUAACAGAAGGGAAUACAAUUGGUUAUAUACUU